CAACGAAAGAAGCGUGUCACCAUAAAGUGUAAAUUCAUUCCCGUUUCUAACAGUGGGAUCGUUCCUUUAUUGCUAAGUGCAGGAAGCUGUCAAGAGGAAAAAUGCCGUUGGAAAAUUUGGAAGAAGAGGGUCUGGAGAAGAAUCCGAAUUUGGAAUUGGCCCAGACAAAAUUCCUGCUCGGUUUACCGGAGCACAAAGACGAGAUAAGCUUGAAAACAAAACUCCUCGAUGCCAUCAAAGCGGAAAAUAUGGCACCGUUCUACAAAGAAGUUUGUCAGGACCUUAACUGGCCCGUAGACGAGGCGUUGCUAGCAAAGAUGCUGGCGACGAAUCAGGAACAGUUGAAGGAGCUCGAUGCGGCGAUCGAAGACGCGGAGCAAAAUCUGGGCGAGAUGGAAGUGAGAGAAGCGAAUUUAAAGAAGUCUGAACAUCUGUGCAGAAUCGGAGACAAGGACGGAGCGAUAUCUGCGUUUAGAAAAACUUACGACAAGACCGUAUCUCUUGGUCACAGACUCGAUAUUGUCUUCCACAAUAUUAGGAUCGGCCUUUUCUACAUGGACCACGAUCUCGUCACACGAAACAUAGAGAAGGCCAAGAGCUUGAUCGAGGAAGGUGGAGACUGGGACAGGAGGAACAGGCUCAAAGUCUACCAAGGAACCUACUGCAUCGCAGUUCGUGACUUCAAGGAAGCUGCCACCUUCUUCCUGGACACAAUUAGCACGUUCACUAGCUACGAGCUGAUGGACUACAACACGUUUGUCAGAUACACGGUCUACUUGAGCAUGAUAAGUUUACCCCGCAAUCAGCUUCGAGACAAAAUUAUUAAAGGUUCUGAAAUUCUUGAGGUUCUCCACACCAAUCCCGACACCAAGGACUAUCUCUUUUCUUUGUACAAUUGCCACUACGCUGAUUUCUUCAAAAAUUUAGCCCAAGUCGAGGGAUUGUUGCGCAGAGAUUACCUCGUCUUCCCCCAUUACCGUUACUACGUUAGGGAAAUGCGUAUAUUAGCUUACACUCAGCUCCUCGAGUCCUACAGAUCGCUCACGCUUCAGUACAUGGCCGAAGCCUUCGGGGUUACAGUGGAUUACGUCGACCAGGAACUUUCGCGCUUCAUAGCCGCAGGACGACUGCAUUGUAAGGUUGACCGUGUUGGCGGUGUCGUGGAGACGAAUAGACCGGACAGUAAGAAUUGGCAAUACCAAGCGAUGGUCAAGCAAGGAGAUUUGCUUUUAAACAGAGUCCAGAAGUUGUCUCGAGUGAUAAAUAUUUAAUUGUAACGAAUAAUAACCGCGGGGGCCCAGGGAUCGUCGGUCAAGUUCGUAAACCGAACGCUUUCCUUUGCGUACAAAGUUAUGCAGAAGAUCAGAAUUUAAAACAACGUUCUGUUAUCCUCAAACGGAAAAUUUGACAUCAAGCUCGCGAAUCGUGGGCUCGUUUGAAACAUGCAAUUUGUUGUCACGCUAAGAAUGCCGUUAAAAAGUAAUCAUAAAUUUUUAUGGUAAUUAGGAUGUUUCCAGUGUAGACUUUUAUCCU